AUGGAUGGAUUCGACAAGCUGGAAAGAACAUCCCUCUCACCCAAGGGUAAAUUCUUCAACAGUCUAACCAACGAAGACAUCAGCGACACCGACUACAGGAGAGCACAGAAUGUGUGGAACACCUUCGGUAUGAAAACCAUGAGGGAUUACCACGACCUCUACCUCAAAACGGACGUCCUACUCCUGACAGACGUUAUGGAAAACUUCGGGAAGGUAUGCAUAGCAAACUACGGACUCGAUCCCCUGUGGUACUACACAUCACCGGGACUGGCGUGGGAUGCGUGUCUAAAACUAACCGAAGUAGAACUGGAGCUUAUUUCCGAUCCGAACAUGUAUCUACUCAUAGAAAGAGGAAUCCGCGGAGGAAUCAGCACCAUCACCAAAAGACAUGCCAUAGCCAACAACAAGUACAUGGCUAACUACGACCCCAAGAAGAAAAGCAAGUACCUCCCCUACCUGGACGCAAACAACCUAUACGGAUGGGCAAUGAGUCAGCCCCUACCCAUCAAGGACUUCAAAUGGAUGAAAGACAACGAGUUGGAAAAAUGGAUGGAACACAGCUGCAUCCUCGAAGUGGACCUCGAAUAUCCGGACGAACUACACAACCUACACAACGAAUACCCCCUAGCACCCGAAAGGAUAAUGGUCAACAAAACGGAAAAGCUCAUACCCAACCUCAACAACAGGGAAAAAUACGUCCUCCACCACACAAACCUAAAACAGUACCUGAGCCUGGGGUUAAAGCUAACCAAAAUACAUCGAGGAGUUAAAUUUACCGAAAGCGACUGGAUGAAAAAAUACAUUCAGCUCAACACAGACCUCCGAACCAAAGGAACCACAGACUUCGAAAAGGACUUCUUCAUUAAGCUCAUGAACAACUCCGUAUUCGGAAAGACCAUGGAAAACGUAAGGAACAGAGUCGACAUCAGAAUCGUCAACGAUGAAAAGAAAUGGAACAAGCUAUCCGAGAAAGACAACUUCAAGUCGGUAACCAUCUUUUCGGAAAACCUGGUGGCAGUUCAUAUGAGGAGAACCUCCGUAAAGCUGAAAAAAACCAUCUACCUCGGAAUGAGUAUCCUGGACAUUAGCAAAACCCUCAUGUACUACUUUCAUUAUAACUACAUCAAACCGAUGUAUGAAAACGAUGCCAAACUCCUAUUCACAGACACGGACUCCCUGUGUUACGAAAUAACAACCGAGGACUUCCUAAAGGACAUUUCCAAAGAUGUUUACGAAAAAUUCGAUACCAGCAACAUAGGCAAAAACCACCCCUCCGGAAUUCCGACCGGAAUAAACAAGAAGUUUAUCGGAAUGAUGAAAUCGGAAACAGGAGAAAAACAGAUCGGAGAAUUCGUAGGACUCAGAGCAAAACUGUACGCCUACAAAAUGGCGGAAGACGGAAAGGAAGAAAAGAAAUGUAAAGGCGUCAAGAAGACAACCAUCAAAAAGGAAAUAACGUUCAACAACUAUAAGGAAUGUCUCUUCAGCGGCGAGAAACAGUGGAGGGGAAUGAACGUCUUCAGAAGCAGGCUACACGAAAUAUAUACCGAAAGGAUCGUCAAGGUGGCCCUAUCGGCAAGCGACGACAAACGUAUCAUCUGCGAAGAUGGAAUACACACCCUGGCAAUAGGACACAAGGACCUAAGGCAAUAGAAAUCCCAACAAACUGAUUUUAAUAUCCGAAGGAACAUUAAAAUAUAAUAGGAUCUACAGAAGCCUCUUCCACGGUUCUGCAACCUUUACCCUCAGAUACUUUGCCUCCUGAAGCUUAACCUGAACGGAAAUCGUGUUUCCGGAUAGGUAUAUGCUCGAAAUCCUAAUCAAAGCAUCCAGCUAGAAGUGUUCGUCACGCUCCUCCAUCGGAUUCAUGUCUCCGUCCUCUCCAUACAUCACCGUAGUCUUAUCGAUCUUUGCGUACAGGACGGGUUGCUUCCCACUCCGAUAGAAGCAUCUCAUCACGUUGGUACCCGACUUACCAACCAUUACAGCACACUUCUUCUCCAAUACUUCCAGAACUGAUAUGAAUUCCGUGUGUAGUCCAACUGCCAACGGAAUUGUGUAGUUGUCCUUUCCGAACUUAUUGUUCUUGUUGAUUCCAUAGGCUAGGCAAUUCUUCAGCCUAAGUAGCAAUGGACCACCACCCUCCGCAACAAGUCCGAUCCUCUCGGAUCCAAACCUGUCCUUGACAGGGUCCACAAAUUUAAACGAGUCUCCGGAAAAGUCUGAUACUCUGGUAAUUGACAUGGUUAUUUAUUAUACAAUUAUAAUUUCUUACAAGUUGAUUUGAUAAAAAAAAUCUUCACCGAAAACCCCAACAAGCGUGCGGGAUGCAGCGGAUGCGGUGGGCCCGCGGAGGACUAAAUUCAUCGGGUCAACACCCGCGGGAAUUUCCGACAGAUUGUCGGAGCACGUGCGUGUACACUUGCGUACCCGCGUGUGCGUGGGCACGGAUGCGCGAGGGCGGGGGAGGGGUCCGGCAGGCAUGGGCGGCGCAGGGAACUGGGGAACCGGAAGUGGCGCUGUCGAUUCUAUUCCGGGAAGGCGGAAUUCCGGGAAGGCGAUUCCAGGCGUGCCCGAGCUUGCCCUGAUCCACUAUAAUUUGCCUUACAUGAAGUAUUAACCAAAAUGAGCUAGAACCGGCCUUUAUUAGCUACUGUGGCUGAAAACUCCUAAUGAGCUAAUCGAUAAAUUUACAAAUUUCACUUUUUCAUAAUUUUUAAGCUGUUCGUUAAUUAGAUCUUGAUAAUUUUUACUUUUUCGAGUUGCAUUAGUGAGGAGAUUAGAUUCAAAUCCAACGGUAAGUUCAAGUAUAUAAAUACAUUUGUUUUCAAGUGUUAUCAAAAGAUCAGGGCGCAAUUCAUCUCCGAUGAGAACAGAUGGACUGAUAUAGCCAGGAAGGUCAGCAUAAAGGUUACAAUGGUUGACAGAUUUAAGUAUGGAUGCUAUGAAGUUAAGCACCGAAUCAUGACGCCACGUGAAACGUCCUUCAUUUAGGUAGGUCUUGCAUCCAGCGACGACGUGAAGAAGUGAUUCUGGAUUCAAACAAAACGAACAUUCGGAUGUUGGUCAUAUUCCCCAUUUCAGAAGGUUUUUGUGAGUCGGAAGAGUGUUAUUUAUAUACCGGAUAGUGAAGUUAAAUAUAUUCUUCGGAAGUUUACUCUGAACGGAGGACCAUAUAGAGUUGAAUUAAUGAGAGUGUAG